AUUUAACUCUCCCUCUCCCUCUCUCUCUCUUCUCUCUCUCUCUCUCUUUCUGUGUGUUCUGCAGCUCCAGCCACCGCCUACCAAACCCGAAUAUCACCAAUUCGGAUUUUGUAACCCGAACCUUAAUCCGAAUUCAUAGCUGAUUUUGAUGCAGUAAGAGAAGAAUAUUGUAGUGAUGGAGACCGAAAAUGGAGCAAAUUACACGUAUAUGGGUAGGAGCUUCGGUAAUACUAGUGCUAACGAUGAUUCCUCUCCUUUCAGUGACUGUAAUAGCGACAGAUCCGGGGAGUUCCAAACGGCUGCGUCGGAGAGCAGGCGAUUAUUGAUAGCUUGCGCAUCGGAGAAUUCCGAUGAUCUGCUUCGCCAGCUCGUAUUGGAUCUCGAGUCCUGUUCGAUUGACGAGCAAAAACAAGCGGCUAUGGAGAUUAGGCUCCUUGCUAAGAACAAGCCAGAGAACCGCUUCAAAAUAGCUAAAGCGGGAGCAAUUAAACCUCUGAUUACGUUGAUAUCAUCACCGGAUUCUCAGCUUCAAGAGUAUGGUGUCACGGCUAUUUUGAAUUUAUCUCUCUGCGACGAGAACAAGGAAGUGAUUGCUACAUCGGGAGCGAUUACGCCGCUGGUUAGGGCUUUGAGAACAGGGACAUCAACUGCGAAAGAGAACGCAGCCUGUGCUUUGCUUCGCCUAUCACAAGUAGAAGAAAACAAGGUUGCAAUCGGACGGUCUGGGGCCAUUCCACUUCUCGUGAACUUACUCGAAAGUGGAGGAAUUCGCGGGAAAAAGGACGCAGCAACAGCUCUGUAUUCGCUAUGUUCAGCAAAGGAGAAUAAAAAAAGGGCUGUCCAUGCUGGGAUCAUGAGGCCACUGGUGGAAUUAAUGGCUGAUUUCGGGUCAAACAUGGUGGACAAAUCAGCGUUCGUAUUGAGCAUGUUGGUUACUAUUCAGGAGGCCAGAACAGCAUUGGUUGAAGAAGGUGGGAUUCCGGUACUGGUGGAGAUCAUCGAGGUCGGAUCGCAGAGGCAGAAGGAGAUUGCGGUUGGGAUAUUGUUGCAGAUUUGCGAGGAUAAUUUGUUGCAUCGUGCGAUGGUGGCCCGCGAAGGAGCGAUUCCUCCCUUGGUGGCUUUGUCACAGUCCGGCACCAAUCGCGCCAAGGGAAAGGCAGAGACACUAAUAGAUCUUCUACGGCAACCAAGAUCCGGUAACAGCGCUGCCAGAACAGCAGAUGUGUCAGUAUGAAUGGUGUCCCUACCACAUGCCCAUGUGUAAUCAUACAAAGUGUGUAUAACUUUUUGUUUUUGCCUCUUCACCCCUCGCAAAAAGAUGAAAGAAAAACAAUUGUACGUAGAUAUUCUCUGUUACUGUGCUUGUAAAAUGUAGUGGUUUGAGUUUGAUA